CCUGAUGCGAAACGAUGGACAUAUGUUUACAAGAGAAACCUAUUUCCAGCAGCGAUUUGAUAAUCACAAUGAGCAAGGCACUCAAGGAAUUUUUAGCUCGAUUUGAUUAUGUCAAAACUCUAGCUGCGACAUUAUGCAGGCUUUUCAAUGAAAGUCCCAAUGAUGGAGAAUGCAUGUCGUCUUGCGCAAGUCGAUUUCUGAGUACAUUAAUGAAUCAGUGGCAUACACUAUCAACUAAACAGAUUGUAAUCACUUAUAUCAACUAAACAGAUUAAAAUUGAA